AACAAAAAAGGAACGCUCGUGACUCUGUCCGCGGAGCAAGCCAGCUUGGACCUCAAUGCAUCCAAAGCACACACCAUGAGCCGGAUUUGAGGCUGAAAAAUAGAAGAUACUGGAGAUAGUGAGAGAGACUCGAAGAGAAGAGUGUUGGAGCGCAAGAGAGCUGCCUGAGACUGUCUAAGGGGGCAGCGUUUCUCCAUCUAGUUCCGGUUUGUCAGUCUGCGCUGUGUGCGACUGGGAACCUAAACAAAAGGCUGCCACAAUCCAAAAGGGGAUAUUCUACAACGAAGAAACCUCGUCUGUGGUUUAAUGCAAACUAAACAAUGAGCUCAUAUUUUGUUAACCCUCUUUUCUCCAAAUACAAAGGCUGUGAAUCACUGGAGCCAACUUACUACGACUGCAGGUUCCCACAAAGCGUUGCCCGUAGCCACACGCUGGUCUACGGACCCGGGGCAGCUGCAUCGGGCUUUCAACAGCCGUCCCAUCAUGUCCAGGAUUUUUUCCACCAUGGGACCACGGGGAUCUCCAACCCUGCAUACCAACAGAACCCCUGCGCACUAGCUUGCCAUGGAGACGCAACGAAAUUUUAUGGAUAUGAAGCUCUUCCGAGACAACCGCUUUAUGGUACCCAGCAAGAGCCAAGCCUCGCGCAAUACCCAGACUGUAAAUCGUCUAACGGCUCUAAUCCCGGGGAAGGACAAGGCCAUUUAAAUCAGAACUCGUCUCCCACUCUUAUGUUUCCUUGGAUGAGACCCCACGCACCAGGGAGGCGAAAUGGAAGACAAACCUACAGUCGCUACCAAACUCUGGAGCUGGAGAAGGAGUUUCUCUUCAAUCCUUAUCUUACACGCAAGCGGCGGAUCGAGGUGUCCCAUGCCCUGAGUCUCACAGAGAGGCAGGUCAAGAUAUGGUUUCAAAAUCGACGAAUGAAGUGGAAAAAAGAAAACAACAAAGACAAGUUUCCGGGACAGAGAGGAGAGGCGGAUGCUGAUGCCGAGCCUGAGGAGGAGGUCAACGAGGACGGUGACGGGGAAGAGGGGGAACAGAAAGAAGUGGAAGAGAAAAAGAAUGUUGAUCCCAAGGAGUGAUUUUAUGGUCAUUUAUGGUUUAAUGGCAGAAAAAGAGGUCCCAUAUAGUAGACGGGGAGAGGAGAGAAGAAGGCAGAGAGCGUCAACUUUAUGGACACGGUUUUAUGAGUCAACAAGGGAAAGGGAAAAAAGAUCUUACAGAUAUUGCUGGCAUAAUCAUUUAUCUAUUUCUCCCUCAUCACGAAGCUUUAGAGAUACAAAUGAUUUAUUUUGUCGUUUUGGACGUUUCCUUACAAUAUACAUUUGCCAAUAUUACAUCUGGGAAAGGUAAUGGUAGCACCUAGGUGAUCUUUGUAUGGGUUAACUUUAAACGCAUGUUUAAUUAACAUAGUAGGCUAGGCUAGUUUUACAAUAUGUUUUCUUUGGUUUAUCUGACAAAAGCAUAACCAAACAAAUGCAUAUAGAAAGACAACGCAAGGUCCAACAAACCUUGGCCAAUGCCAAUCUAAUCUUGUAAAUACACAACACAUUCACAAUAGACAUCUUUGCGAAUAUGUGAUUUAAAAUCGUAAGCAAAACGUAACUAAAAACAAUGUUCAAUGUCAUGACAGCAGUGUGACUUCUGAGGGAUAUAACAUUGAUUAGCAGCAGGCUCAUAUGUAAAACACAUGUUUUAAUUGUUUUUAUUAUACUUCAUUGUCAUUUGUGGUGAAUGGCCAAGACAAGAAUAUGUGGUUCUUACUUCAUAUAUAGUUUUGUUAGAAUUACCAGGGACAUGCAAUCGUUUAAAAUCCUUAAGACGCUACCUAAAAACAGGGACAAUUGCAAUAGAGAUUUCUAAAUAGAGAUUUCAAAUGAUAUUGUUUUUAUAGUGUUAUAUCAACGUUAUAUGAUUAAAUUAUAUAUCAUCUGCCCAAUAUAUACCUAUGCUUGUUUAAGACAAUUUGUGAGUCUUAGGAAGACACAGUUAGCUCAAAGCCAAGUCGACGAUUUUGUCGUUCAGAUUGUACCACGGCACUACCUACUAAAACAGAGCUUUGCCUCUUACUUCAUUUUGUAUUCAAUAAUAAUGGCACUGCUAUGUUUAGAUGAAAAUCUAUAUUUUCCCCAACAACUAAAACUGCCUAUAGAAAACGCACAUGACUGUGUGUGAUAAUAAUACCUGCUACAAUUGCAAGGGUUUUAAGAAGUAAGGGGUGUUCUUUUAAUGUGCUGGUGAUAAUAGAGUAGUUUUUUUGCACUGAAUAUAAUCUUUAUGUACGUCUUGUUAUAUUCUUGAUGUUAAUAGGCUCGUUUGCUGGUGUUUCCCAUGUGAACGACGGAAUUGUGUGUCCCCGCCAUUGUUUUUUUGACAUAAAAAGAUGAAUAAACAAGAUGGCUCACAAUCGUUCCUCUUCUUGGCUGUAAGAACUUGUUGACUGAAUGACUAAAUGGCUGAGCGUGCAUGUGCUAGAUGACUGUUUCUCCUGUCUGUCCGCUACACAACACCGAGCGAUCCCUCAUGUACACUGCAACGGAAAACUACAUUACAUGCUAUUUGUUUUAAAUUAUGAACAGUAAAAUAUGUUGUACUGCUGCAAACUGUAAAUUAUGGUGCAUUGUGGGGAAAUGUUGUGUUCAGGAAAUAAUGGCUGUAUUUUGAAUACUACUGUAAUCCCACCCCACAUAAUACCGUAUUUUUGGGGCACCCACAAGCUUUUGACCAUUAGUGGGUGCAUGGUAGUGCUGUUUCUGGCUCAAUAGCAUAUUUUGAGACAUGUAUAUUUAUUACAUGCGUAUUCAUUACGUAUCUGAAUGCUGAUUGGCUGACAGCCGUGGUAUAUCAGACCAUGUACCAUAGGCAUGACAAAACAUUUAUUUUUACUGAUCUAAUUACACUGGUAACCAGUUUGUAAUAGCAAUAAGGCACCUUGGGGGUUUGUGGUAUAUGGCCAAUAUAGCACAAAACACAAAUAGGGCUGUAUCCAGGCACUCCGUGUUGGGUCUUGCAUAAGAGCAGCCCUUGGCCGUAGUAUAUUGGCCAGACACCAAACCACCUUUGGCCAUAUUGCUUAAAUAUGCUGCAAUGUUAGUAAACACGUUACCUAGCAGCCAACCUACUUGCACCAAUCCCUCGCAAUUACAGUAAAAUAAUGUGAAAUACAAACUCCUCCCCUCAAUUUCAUUCAUUCCGAUUAUGGUAGCCUUGACUUGUUUACAGUAUAAUGCGGUCAAUUGUAUUGUAGUAUGUGUCGUUACACAGUACUUGCUUUGAUACCAUGUUUAUAUUACAGUAAGUGUAAUAUGAAAUGCAGAAUUUUACAUGCCACCGAGGUGCCUGUAAGCUACUGUCAAAAUCACAGUAACCCCAUUUACAGUGUAGGCUACAGAGCAGACAAGGGCUGCCCAAUCCUCUUACUGGAGAUCUACAGUCUUGUGUGUUUUCAAUCCAACCCUAAUUUAACACACCUGAUUCUACUAUUUAGCUGCUCAACAAGACCUUAACUAGCAGAAUCAGAUAUGCUAAAUUAGGGUUGGACUGAAAACCUACAGGACAGUAGGACCUCCAGGAAGAGGGUUGGGCAGCCCUGGACCACUGUUGAUUAUUAUUGUGCCAAUACCCAUUAGACUACACUAUAAAAAAGUAACUGUCAAACUCAUUAAAGAAAUUGAGUAGUGGCUACUCAAACAUCUCCAACAGUCAGUAGAACUCAAAUCAUAAAAGUCGUACUAACUCAGAUGUCAACUAGAUUUCUUAUCACUUAAUAUUUUUGAGUACAUUUAACAAAUAUUAGGUUAUUGAGUAAGUAUAACUUCAAUUAUUUGUGUUCUGCUAAUCUAAAGUGAUUGAGAUUUUACA